UUAUGUAUAUAUUUUUUUACAUUUGUUAGAUCCACGCCCAGUCUUAUCGUGAGAACGCCAUUUAGCAACCUUGAAAAGAGGUUCAUGUUGCACGUGUCAGUGUCUUCUGGUUAUUUGCGAAGUUUAAUUAUUUUUCUUUGAAUGGGUGGUGGAAAAAAAGUAUUUAAAAAAGAAACAGUCGAGGCUCUGGUAUAAACAGGGCUGUUUCAUCCUUUUAGCCACGUUUCACACAAGGUGUAAAAACAACUCUGGAUAAGGGCGUGAAUACUGAAACUGUUUCAAGAUGACAACUGCUAGUCUUCCUUCCAUUAUUUUAUGCUUGUUUAUGCUUCUCAAUGAUUGUCAUGGUAAGUGUUUUUAACGGAGAUCUGUGAAUAACGUCAUUGCUUUUCUUAAUUGGUAAAAAUAUUGGGGUUUUUUUUGUAAAAAGAGAAUGUAACAUCUCUUUGUUUUUUUUUUACAAAUGUAAUACCAUAGGAAUUAAAUAUAUUGUAUUCCACGUAAAAACAUAUACAUCCUAUUUCCUACGUCCGAUAUGUAUGUACCCAAGAAGGUUAAUUAUUUAUCAAAUUCAUUCCUUUAUUUUGAGACGUGUCUUGUGCUGCUUGGGGCAAAAUGAACUAACCCAUAUUUGUAAAAAGAGAAUGUUACAUCUCUUUUUUCACAAAUGUAAUACCGUAGGAUUUAAAUAUAUUUAUUUGUCAUCCUCGUAAAAAUGUACACAUCCUAUUUCCUACGUCCGAUAUGUAUGUACCCAAGAAGGUUAAUUAUUUAUCAAAUUCGUUCCUUUAUUUUGAGACGUAUCUUGUGCUGCCUGGGGCAAAUUACCAUGCCCCCCCCCCAUUUAAAUAAAAUUAAUAAAAUCUUGCACUAGAUUGUUGUACCUUCCAUACCUAAAGUAACAUAUUUUGCACUUCAUAUGGUUUGUUGUUAUUUGGAUGAGUUAUAAGUUGAUUAGUGAAUGCUAUUUGGUUAUGGUGCGUCGCUUCACUGAUUGACUUGACGGCAUUAGAAAUAUAUUUAAAGGUAAAGUUUUUAUUGCCUUAUACCUUUAAUAAAGUAUAUUUUUGGAAUUAACAAAAGUAAAAACUUUUUAAAUGUUAAAAGCACAAAGCUAAAAUUUGUCUGUGUUUUAUUAAUCGGCAUCCUUCCGUCUCGUGAGACGAUGGUGCAUCACCGUUGGGUUGGGUUGCAUUUUCUCAAGUGGCUGUGCAGUCCUAUCCUUGAGUGACAGUCUUUACCACAGUUUUUACACACGAGUUCCGUGCUUCUAAAUGUUUUGGCCUUUCUACUAGCUCUUCUGUCUGCAUCCUCUUCCAUUCUUCGCUCCUCGGCUACCAUGACGCCCUCUUUGACAACUGUGCGCCACGUAGAUCGGUCUUUUGCCUUACACUCCCAGUCACUUGUAUGUAUUUUGGCUGCUUUCAUGUCCCUUUGACAGACAUCUUUAAAUCGCAGACGUGGGCGACCUGUUUUCCUCUUUCCCGAAGCAAGUUCACCAUAUAGGAGGUCUUUCGGAAUGCGGCCGGGACUCAUUCUUUUAACAUGACCUAGCCAUCUCAGGCGUCUUUUACUAAGGAUUGUGAACAUGCUUUUGGUAUUCGCACGCAUUAGGACCUCACUAUUAGUCACUUUUUCUUGCCAUUUAAUACCAAGGAUGCGACGCAGGCAUCUCAUAUGGAAGCUAUUAAGCUUGCGCUCUUGGGAUGUAUAGGUGGUCCAUGUCUCGCUCCCGUAUAGUAGUGUACUGAUGACACAAGCUCGAUAGACGCACAGUUUGGUUUUCUCCGUUAGCUUGGUGUUUUGCCAGACCCGUUUAUUUAGUUUAGCCAUUGUGGCAGCUGCCUUGCCGAUUCUGCUGUUAAUUUCUUCUUCAAUGGACAGUGUAUUGGAGACCUUGGACCCCAAGUAGGUGAAGCUGUCCACAACCUCCAAGUUUUCAUUAUCGAUUUUUAUGUUAGGUGGAGGUCGAGUGUCUUGGGCCAUGAUGUUUGUCUUUUUCAAGCUGAUUUGCAGACCAAAUUCUUUGCAGGCAUUGGAGAAGCUUGACACGAGUUGUUGCAAACCAAUUUCUGUGUGUGCUGUUAGUGCCGCAUCAUCCGCAAAUAGUAGCUCGCGAAUUAGGACAUCUGUCGUUUUGGUCUUGGCUCGGAGGCGGGCAGUGUUGAAAAGUCCUCCAUCAGCUCUGGUGUGUAACCAGAUUCCCUCACUGCUAUCCUUGAAUGCGUAUCGAAGUAGUACAGAGAAGAAUAUUGCGAACAGUGUUGGUGCGAGUACACAACCUUGUUUAACUCCGCUGCUGACUGGAAAGGCUUCUGACUUGGCUCCAUCGAACUGCACUGUACCCUGCAUAUUUUCAUGGAACUCUCUGAUGAUGGCAAGUAGGUGAGGGGGACAGCCGAUUUUUGCCAGUAUUUUGAAUAGCCCGUUGCGACUGACGUAAUCAAAGGCUUUUGUAAGGUCCACAAAGGCAAUGUACAGUGGCAUCUGCUGCUCUCUGCAUUUUUCCUGGAGCUGUCGUAUGGAGAACACCAUGUCUAUGGUAGACCGCCCAGACCGGAAACCGCACUGAGAUUCUGGAUAGACACGGGAUGCUAGACUCUGUAAACGUGUUAGUAUGACACGGGCAAAGGCCUUUCCUACAAUACUAAGGAGUGAAAUGCCGCGAUAAUUAUUGCAAUCACUCCUAUCACCUUUGUUUUUAUAUAGUGUCACUAUAUUUGCAUCCUUUAGGUCUUGGGGGAUGUAGCCCUGUUCCCAGCAGAGGGACAGAAUCUCGUGCAAUGGUUGGAGUAAAGCUAUCUUACCACUCUUUAGAGCCUCUGGUGGUAUUCCAUCAUCCCCAGGCGCUUUUCCACAAGCUAGGCUAUCAAUAGCUUUGCUCAGCUCUUCCUGUGAGGGCACGACAUCAAGUUCUUCCAUGAGUGGCAUAUCUGGGAUGUCAUCUAGAGCGGUGCUGGAGACUGUGGUAACUGUUGAAUACAAUUCCAGAUAAUGCUCAACCCACCGUUUUAGCUGUGCUGCCUGGUCUUGGAUAAUUUCUCCACUUUUGGACUUUAGAGGAGCAACUUUGGACGUCAAGGGGCCAGUUGCCUUUUUGAUGUUUUCGUACAUCUGCAGCUGACUGUAUGCUGGAGCAGAGGUUGAGCCAGUAGGUAUUAGCACAAUUACGUGCAACCUUUUGGGCAAGUGACUUGGCUGUUUUUAAGGCAUGCAACCUGUUGGGUGUAGGCUUUUCCUUGUAAGCCGUAAGAGCUUUCCUUUUAAAAAGCAAUCAAUUAUAUCUAUUAAUUUGACUUUUAAAAAUAGGGAAAUGGAUUAUCAACUUUGUAUUGCGCGGUGAACAAAUUAAAGAAACUUAAGAGCUUUGGCUAACAUAGGCGAUUCGCGCUAUUACAUCAUAUGUGUGUUUAUUAAGAAGAAAUUAAUUUUAAUUUGAUUUUGCAAUAUUAACAACUCACUAAAAUACGCAGCAAAACAACUGAUGGUUGAGUUUUCUCGAUAAAUGUGAUUACGAUAUAAUUCUUAGAUAAUAAUUUUUUUAUUAAUUUUUUUCCAUAUUUUUUAAAUUCGGACAAAGUCCUUAAAAUAUUUGAUUAGUUGCCACUUUAAAUGUAAUUGUCAGUUAUAAUAUUAAUACUUAAACUUUUACUAAAUUAAAAGCGUAUUUUUGUUAUUUUUUGCGCAUUUAAAUUUUAUUCGAUUUCCGUAAAAUAUUAGAAAAUAAUUAUGAUUGUUUUUAAGAAUCCGAACGUAUUUAAAUCUUUUUGAUUCUUUAGCGUUAAAGUCAGCAUAGCUCAUUCUUAUAUAUAUAUAUAUAUAUAUAUAUAUAGUGCUUUUAAAUGAAAUAUGAUACUAAUAAAAACACAGUUUCACUUUUUUUUAAUGUAGUCUCGCAUAGGUUGUGUUUAGAUUUAAAGAAAUUUUGUAAGAAAAAAGACAUGCUACCAAUUAUUCAAAUAUGACACAAUUUUUUUUCAACACAAAUCUCCCAUUGUCCAGGAAUCAAUCUUACAUUCAGCCACCAACAAGCGACGCCGGCCAACGACAACGUCUGUGGUAUUCUACGCUGUCAACAAAGUGUUAACAAACACAUCAUAUCCGUCUUGGAAGUGGACAUCGUCGACGUAGCAAGGAAAGGUACCAAAUUAUUUUCCGUAUCCGUACACACGAAUCUUCAACCGCAAACAGACGAAAACGUUAUUUUGAAACAAUCGCACUUCUCUACAGACGGCGCCACGGUUGAAUUGUUCUUUAAGAGUCGAAAUGUUUGCGACGAGGGCGAAUUCUUGUGCGAGGUUCGUUUCAUCAGUUCAAGUUUCAGUGUUGAGAGCGUUUUGGCCGUGACAAGACCUGCAGGGCAGAAUUUACCUGCACAAGCUGUUUUAAACAACUUUGUUGACAAGUUAGAAGACCUUCUGAGCUCACAGUCUCAAAGAAUCAAUGANAGGUUCUAACCAAGUCCCGUAAUUUGGGAUGCAUAAGGUUCUAACCAAGUCCCGUAAUUUGGGAUGCAUAAGGUUCUAACCAAGUCCCGUAAUUUGGGAUGCAUAAGGUUCUAACCAAGUCCCGUAAUUUGGGAUGCAUAAGGUUCUAACCAAGUCCCGUAAUUUGGGAUGCAUAAGGUUCUAACCAAGUCCCGUAAUUUGGGAUGCAUAAGGUUCUAACCAAGUCCCGUAAUUUGGGAUGCAUAAGGUUCUAACCAAGUCCCGUAAUUUGGGAUGCAUAAGGUUCUAACCAAGUCCCGUAAUUUGGGAUGCAUAAGGUUCUAACCAAGUCCCGUAAUUUGGGAUGCAUAAGGUUCUAACCAAGUCCCGUAAUUUGGGAUGCAUAAGGUUCUAACCAAGUCCCGUAAUUUGGGAUGCAUAAGGUUCUAACCAAGUCCCGUAAUUUGGGAUGCAUAAGGUUCUAACCAAGUCCCGUAAUUUGGGAUGCAUAAGGUUCUAACCAAGUCCCGUAAUUUGGGAUGCAUAAGGUUCUAACCAAGUCCCGUAAUUUGGGAUGCAUAAGGUUCUAACCAAGUCCCGUAAUUUGGGAUGCAUAAGGUUCUAACCAAGUCCCGUAAUUUGGGAUGCAUAAGGUUCUAACCAAGUCCCGUAAUUUGGGAUGCAUAAGGUUCUAACCAAGUCCCGCAAUUUGGGAUGCAUAAGGUUCUAGCCAAGUCCCGUAAUUUGGGAUGCAUAAGGUUCUAACCAAGUCUAUAAUAUUUGUGGACAGGAGACCCUCUUGGUUAAUUUCAUUUAUUGGUGUGUGUGUGUGUCAACAAUAUUGCAAGGUGAAUUUAGAAGCUAGCAAAGUAUAAAAAAAUCAAAUCCUGCUAUAUAAAACCUUAAGCAUUUUCUAAGGGUUAAAAUGGAUGAUUUUAUAUGGAGAGAAAGGGGAACAUGUUCCACUUAUCGAAAUUCUUUAUCUGACACUGCAUUCAAGCAGAAAUGGGUUGACUGCUUUAUAGGGCUGCCCUAUACCGCAGAGAGAAACGUACUAAAACAGCUUUUAUUGUCGAUAUCUUUGAAGAAGAACAUGAAGAAGUUCAAGAUGUGAAAAGGACUAAUCCAAAGCACAAGCUCAUAGGUAUAGAUAGAAUUACCAUUGAAGGAAUUUAAUUGCUCGUGGAGAGCUCGGUAUUAAAUGGCUAAUAAUCCUAUUUCAAAACGUAAUGAAAAAAAAAAAGAAGCGCCCCAGAAGACAGACAGAGACAUAUGUCUUAAUAUGGAAGACGAAAGGAAACAAAAAUGUCUGCGACACAUACAGAGGCACCACUCUCCUCAGCCACACUUGUGAAAUAUUUGCUUAGACCUUGGAGAAGCGGGCGCGAACUAUUGUUAUAGUUCAAAUAUUUCUUAGCCCCUUGAGGCUUUAGUAAAGAAACAGUGUGCACCAAUGCUAUUGUUUCCCCCUGUAAAAUGUGUGAACAAUCGUAUGAACAUCAAGGACAGAUUCAUCUGCGCUUGUCGACAAGAAAACUCUUUUGACACAUUGGACUAAAAUAAUGUACUUACCGAGUGGAUUGUGGUAAAAUAUGGCGCCAGGCCUUCUGCGUUCUUAUGCCGUCUCUCUUCACUAUAGACAUUGACACGAUUGCAAAAGAUGUCAUUCGAAAAACCGAGACACUCAAUGAAUCGCUGCUUGUAGAUGACCAGUGCUACCUGCACGAUAAUAAUGAACGUUUGUAGAGCAGUGGCGAUAUAUUGAACAGUACCGGCGACGUUAAUGGAAUGAAAAUAUGCGAAGCUAAGACCGUGUUCGUAUUCUAGACAAAUAAAUAGACCUAACUAUCAGUGGUCAGCUAUUCUAGACAAAUAAAUAGACCUAACUAUCAGUGGUCAGCUAUUCUAGAAAAAUAAAUAGACCUAUCUAUCAGUGGUCAGCUAUUCUAUAAAAAUAAAUAGACCUAACUAUCAGUGGUCAGCUGCUUCGUUAAAAAAAGGUGUUUCAAAAUUUAGGAAACAUUUUCUUCGAGACCGGCAAGCACAGCAAUAUACAGUUUUAUUUACAAUAUUUUUUUUAAAAAAAUGUCCACUACUUUCAGUUAGUUAAGAGAGACAACCUCUGCCCAAACAACAUCCUCUGCCCAAACAACAUCUUCAAAAGUCAAUGGAAACUUGCUUUCCGUGGUACGGCCGGCAUAAACAAGUCAAUUUACUCUGCUUACAAAGACGGGACUGGAAUACCUGUACAUGUGGAAAGUGGAUGCCAACAGGUUGGUGAAAUUGAUCUUUGCAUCAAUCCAGUGGGUAUUAUUAAGAAAGAUGUGCACGUAUCAUUCCUAAAAAUGAGACAAUCUUAAAUGAUAGUUUGCGACGCCCAAAGAAUUAUUUACCUACAAAUGAUAUUUUUUUCUUGAAAUAUUUAUCAACUGUUUUUAACAUAAUUAGCAUCAGUAUUUUUGUGUGUGUUUUGUUUACAUUCGUGUGAGUGUGUGUGAGUGUAAGUAUGCAUGUUUUCCUUACAUGUACAACAAAAGGCCAUUAGUUUUUAAAGUGAAUGAAAUGAGUAAUUGGGUACUGAGUACUUCCCACUUUUCUUAUUAUUAUUUAGUGUUUUUUUAGCGCAGUAUCCUAGCCUAGGGCUAGGCUCACUGCAGUACCCCAGCCUAGGGCAAGACUCACUGCAUUACCCCAGCCUAGGGCUAGGCUCACUGCAGUAACCCGGCCUGAGGCUAGCUCACUGCAGUACUCCAGCCAACGCCCAGGCUCACUGCAGUGAUCAGGCCUAGGGCUAGGCUCACUGCAGUGAUCCGGCCUAGGGCUAGGCUCACUGCAGUAAUCCGGCCUAGGGCUAGGCUCACUGCAGUAAUCCGGCCUAGGGCUAGGCUCACUGCAGUAAUCCGGCCUAGGGCUAGGCUCACUGCAGUAAUCCGGCCUAGGGCUAGGCUCACUGCAGUAAUCCGGCCUAGGGCUAGGCUCACUGCAGUAAUCAGGCCUAGGGCUAGGCUCACUGCAGUAAUCCGGCCUAGGGCUAGGCUCACUGCAGUAAUCCGACCUAGGUCUAGGCUCAUUGCAGUAAUCCGGCCUAGUGCUAGGCUCACUGCAGUAAUCCGACCUAGGUCUAGGCUCAUUGCAGUAAUCCGGCCUAGGGCUAGGCUCACUGCAGUAAUCCGACCUAGGUCUAGGCUCAUUGCAGUAAUCCGGCCUAGGGCUAGGCUCAUUGCAGUAAUCCGGCCUAGGGCUAGGCUAACUGCGCUUCAGAUAAAAUUUAGCAAUUACAGAAACGUUUACAUUCAAAAACAGCUGUUGGUGAAAAGCUUGAGACUUUUUUAUUUUAUUUUCUUUCAGUUGGAUCUUUCGUUCCCAUGCAAAAACCAUUACAGAGACGACGACAUUCUGGACAACUGGGGGAACAUUGAUGAGGUCGCAUUUGUGCUCUACAAGAACAACACGAAGGUGAAGCAUGUUUUAUUUGACGGCAACGGGUCCACGUACCUAAACUGGUUUGACAUAAACAGGGUCAAGGACUCUUCCUGGACAGAUUUGAAAACGAAACCUGCAAACUACUUUAGCAUUAUUGGAGAAACCACUCCGAGUAGGAGGAAAUUCUUUAUAAACCAUUCAUAUAACGGAUGUCCAAAUGAUAACGGUUGGUUUGUUGCAAUUGACACCCAGAAUGUAUACUGUCCAUGGGAACAAAAUAAUGCAUUCCCCGUUUUUCUCUACGCCGAGGGGAAUGAAGCCGUGACAUGGACUGGUGGCAAGACGAGCCAAGCUGAUGUCCUUGCCAUCUUCGUGAGAUACUUCAAUAUUCCUUGAAUCCCAGGUCAGACAGCGCCGAUGAUAUGACACGGGAAAUACAUUUACACUCAUUACCUGCAUAUUCGUUGACCUCUGUCUGCUCUCUUCCUUUCUCUUCUAUGAAUUAGUAAAUAAACAUCAAUUACCUGUUCUCACCUUGCUUAUAGUCUUAAAAUACAAUGUUAUGUCACGUGACUCAUUCUGUAGAUCCCCGUUAGCCGACCCCUCUCAGUAUGUGUGUCAGUCAUAUGACAUGAUAUCGUGCUCGAGUAAUCCCAGACCCCCUACUGUAACACUUUAUCGUCUUGACAAUUGGUUGGGUCUCAAAUAUAGUUUUGAGAUCCACGAUAACCGAUACUCUGACAGCUUCAGAACAAAACUAUAU